GAGCGGUGGAGUGGUUGUAGUUGUCUCGUUUUUGCCAAGAAGAGAAAAAAGUUCGACAAGUUCUUCAUCUGCCUCCUCCUUGUUUUGCCGCCAGCAGAGCUUGUUACCAGCAAACGAGCCGAAAUAGACACCAGUCUGUUCUGGACUUACCAAGCUGCUAACUAGCAGGGUGGAUCAAACCCAAGCUGGGACCGAUGCAGAACGGGGAGGUUAUGAGCCCGCAGGACUCCAAGGCAUUGGGGGAUGAGGCCAUGAAGGACCACAAGGCCCCUUGCCAGAAUCAGGGAUGCAUGGAGCCCACAGCUCCUCCACUUCCUCCCCCAUCACCGCCAUCAGCAGGGCCACCAGAGUACCCGAGACCCAGACUUAUCUUCCACACCCAGCUGGCUCAUGGGAGCCCAACAGGGCGCAUUCAUGGAUUCACCAAUGUCAAGGAACUGUAUGCCAAGAUUGCAGAGGUGUUCAACAUCUCUCCGUCAGAGAUCCUUUUCUGUACCCUAAACUCUCAUAAAGUGGACAUGCAGAAACUUCUUGGAGGACAAAUUGGACUGGAGGAUUUCAUCUUUGCUCAUGUCAGAGGGGAAACAAAAGAAGUGGAGGUGACAAAGACCGAGGAUGCAUUAGGUCUCACUAUCACAGACAAUGGAGCUGGAUAUGCUUUUAUCAAGAGAAUAAAAGAGGGCAGCACCAUUGACCGACUGAAGGCUGUUUGUGUCGGUGACCACAUCGAAGCCAUUAAUGACCAGAGCAUUGUAGGAUGUCGACACUAUGAGGUCGCCAAGAUGCUAAAGGAGCAACCAAGAGGCCUCCCUUUCACUCUUCGCCUUGUGGAGCCCAAGAAAGCCUUUGACAUGAUUGGAAUGAGAACUAAAGCGCCAAAAUCUAAUGAGGGAAAGCUGGUGAACGGGAGAGAGACUCUUCGGCUUCGGUCUAAGGGGGCGGCUACAGUUCAGGAAGUGAGUGAAUUUGAAGAACAGGCCACAAGGAAAGUGGACGAUCUCUUGGAGAGCUAUAUGGGGAUCAGAGACCUGGAGCUGGCAACCACCAUAGUGGAAGCAGGCAAGAACAAGAAGAACCCUGAUGACUUUGCUGAGGCCCUGGAUUCUGUUCUGGGAGAUUUUGCUUUUCCUGAUGUGUUUUUGUUUGAUGUUUGGGGAGCCAUUGGAGAUGUUAAAAAUGGCAGAAUUUAGAUAUUAACACCAUUGAGAGUAUUAUAUCUGUUUAUUGGUAAAUCCGGUUGCACAAAAAAGAACAUAGUUGUUUUAGUCCUUGGUUGAUUUUUUUGUCACUUUCCAACAUAAUCACAAGGAUCAUCAUAAAUUCAACAAUCUUCCUUUGGGCUUUUGAGUGUGCCCCCAGAGGAUCAUCACUGUAACACUAUAACACAAAAUAAAUGCAACACAGAAAACUCAGAAGUACUUUGAAAUUCCUUUCUACUUCAUGUGCAUUCACAUUUUUAUGUUUAAAUCAAAACUUACAAAAGGUUUAGGCCCCUCCCUCUAACACUUAUGGACCAUCAUAAAAACACUUAAAAUUAGAUAGUAGACAUCUACAAACAAUCUAGGAAUCUAAGAAGUUAAAAAAUACCAGUAAACUAAAAUUUCCCAGUAGAAACCUGCAGGGCACAACAAAA